AUGAGGCUUCGUGUCCUGACUGGAGAUCCUGAUCUCCUUGUCACUCUCCUGCUGAGUCUUUUGGCUUUCUCCUCUGUUCACGUGGAAGCAAACCAACAGGAGCUAACCAAGAAAAGACAGUACUACAUAGCUGCUGUGGAAAUAGACUGGAAUUACAGCGGUAAUAACACACAAGGGUUCAGUCAGACGUACAAGAAAGUGGUUUUCCGGGAAUAUGAAAAGGGCUUCACACGGGAGAAGGUUCAUGACCCCUCGUUAGGAUUGCUCGGACCCACGCUGCGGGCCGAGGAGGGCGAGAUUCUUGUGGUCACUUUCCGAAACCUGGCGUCAGAAGCGCACAACCUCCACCCGCACGGCAUCGCUUACGGGAAGCAGUCCGAGGGAGCACGCUACUUUGACAACACGUCACUAAAGGAGCAAGAGGACGACGUGGUGAAACCGGGCUGUGAGCAUGUUUACCACUGGGAGGUGACGCCCGAGGUCUCGCCCAAACCAGAUGACCCUACCUGCCUCACUUACUCCUACAUCUCUCACCUGAAUUUGGUGGAGGAUUUCAACUCGGGCCUCGUUGGCGCUUUGCUAAUCUGCAAGAACGGGAGCUUGGAUGAGUCAGGGAUGCAGGCUGGCACCAAACAGGAGUUGGUUCUGCUCUUUGGGGUCUUUGAUGAGCGAGAAAGUAUCUACAAGCCAAAGGACGCAUCCUUAAACCAUGUCCACUUCACCAUUAAUGGCUACACCAAGGGAGCUCUGCCUGGUUUAAGCCUGUGCGCGUAUUCCUCGGCGAACCUUUAUCUACUCGCCAUGAGCGCCGAGCCCGAGUUGUUUUCUGUGCACGUCAGCGGACAAGUGCUGCAACACAUGCGCCACAAAGUUUCAUCCCUGGGUCUCAUCAGCGGCUCCUCUGCCACGGCCAAGAUGGUGCCCAUGCACAUCGGCCGCUGGAUGUUGUCCACUCACGUGCUCAAGCACAUCGAAGCUGGCAUGCACGCCUUCUUGGACGUGAAGGAGUGCGAGGGCAUCAAAGCGCCAAAGCACCAGAUGACCUUCAAGCAAAGACGCGAAAGCACAGAGUGGGUCUACUAUAUCGCCGCUGAGGAGGUCGUCUGGGACUACGCGCCUACCAUGCCCGAACACAUUGAUGAGAGCUACAAGCUUCAGUACUUGCAGCAGUCCCCAACCCGCAUUGGCAGGAAGUACAAGAAGGCCGUGUUCACACUGUACAACAAGUCCUUCACAGAACGAAUAGAGAACAAGCAGAGGAAAAGUGAGCUUGGGAUCUUGGGUCCCGUAAUAAGAGCGCAAGUCAGAGAUGUCAUCAAGAUUGUUUUCAAGAAUAUGGCCUCCAGGCCUUACAGCAUCUAUCCACACGGACUGACAAUCGAAAAGUCGGACGAGGGUGUCAACUACCCGGAAGGAGGCAACAAGACGCACGCUGUCCAGCCGGGUGAGACAUACACAUAUGUUUGGCAAGUAAAAGAGGAGGACGGGCCACUGAAAGGAGACUCCAGGUGUCUAACGCGGAUGUACCACAGUGCUGUGAACACGCCACGUGACAUAGCCUCAGGUCUGAUCGGACCCCUCCUCAUCUGCAAGAGUCAGUCGCUCAAUGUCAGGAAUGUGCAGGUCAAAUCAGACAAAGAGCAACAAGCCAUGUUUGCCGUGUUUGACGAAAACAAGAGCUGGUACCUCGACGACAACAUUCGGCAAUUCUGCGAUCGAUCCCGAGUCGACAAGGCAGACGCAGACUUUUACAAUUCCAAUGUCAUGCACACCAUCAAUGGCUACGUGUACGAGAGCGGACCACUCUUGGGCUUCUGCAACGGUGAAGUGGCAACGUGGCACGUGUCCAGCGUCGGCUCGCAGGACUACAUUCAGACGGCGACCGUGUACGGCCACCCAUUCGAACUGAACAACCGUAUGGAAGACAUCCUCAGCCUCUACCCCAUGACCGGCGAGACCAUUACCAUGAGGAUGGAAAACCCCGGCGUUUGGCUCCUGGCGUCAUUGAAUUCCCACGAGACAAGCAAAGGAAUGCACUUGAAGUUCCAGGACGUCGAGUGCUUCCGCGACCACCAUUACGAGUACAGUGAUUAUGACGAGCUGGAUAAAAAUCAGUUUAAUAUUUUGAAUCUCCCGUCGAAGAACGAAAUCUUAAAUAAGAAGGCGGAAGAACUGAAGCCGAAAGAUCCUACUACGCCUAGUACGACGGUGACUGAUGAACUCACAGAGAUGUUCGCCGCCGAAUUAGGCCUCAGGUCACUGAAAAAUCAAGCUCCCGCGGACAGCGUGGAGAAGCUGGACUUGUCAUUCCUUGACUAUGACGCUGUUGACGUGUCAGAUAAAAAAGCAACAAUAAGGACCAAGAGCUCAAUAUACAGUAGCCCAAGCAUACCUGGAGAUGAAGGACCAAACAGCAGUGUUUCCGGGUUGCCUUCACGUUUUAACGGCAGCCUUUCCAAAACAAAUGAAACGAAACUUAAUAACACAACAGCAUCUUCAAAGUUUGGGAACAAAUCAAUCGGGGCUAUCAAUCAGACCGAAACAGCACUGUCCAAAGUCGCAGAGAACUCCCAUCUGGACCGGUCGAACAGGACGUUGAACAAGCCUCAAUUUUCAAAUGUAUCGUCGACUGCUGGAAACCUCAUCUCAGACGAUUUCAACGUUUCAGAAAGCAGUAAGGAAGUGUUUAUAUUCCUCAAAAAUAACCACACAGAGAUGAUCAAAACCACCUCUGUGAAAACCGACGUCCAUAACUGGACUUACGACGGAACUCACGAAAAGGUACCGGCGGAGAUUCCCGACCAUAUGGCUAAAUACUUCAAGAAGGAGACCCCGAAACCCAAAAAGAUAACCAAGAUCAAGAGAGUGAGCGUUCGACCGCAGAAGGGCCUAGGCAUGAAAACCAGGAAGAGGAAGGUAUUCAAGCCGGAAGUGACGAGCGGUUUACCCUUCUCUCCGCGUGGAUUCAACCCUGACGUGACCCCGAGGGGGUCGCGCCCUUCUUCGCCACGAGCCGUCUCGGAUGAGGAGGAGCUUAUUAACGUUCCCGUGGUCAUCGGGGUACCUCGGCUUGAUUUCAGCGACUACGAGUUUUACGUUCCGGGGGAAGAGCCUGAUCAUUUAGCCAAGCAGGAUUUGAAAGCAGACGAAUAUGAGUAUGUGAACUACAAAGAUCCCUACGUCGGUCAUCAAGACAUCAAGAACUUAAACAUGGAGGAGUAUAGUAAAUACUACUUGAAGCACACAGGGCUAAAUUACAGGAUGUACUUCAUUGCCGCGGAGGAAGUGGAGUGGGACUACGCUGGCAGUGGACAAAGGCAGGACCGAUCACGGCAAAACGCUCGCAAUACCGAGUUCAAGAAGGUGGUCUUCCGCGGUUACACGGACGGGCUCUUCAGAACUCCUGAAAUCCGGGGUGAAAAGGAAGAGCAUCUCGGUAUCUUGGGGCCCGUCAUCAAGGCGGAAUAUGGACAAAGCAUCAUGGUCGUUUUCAAAAACAAAGCCAGUCGUCCGUUCUCCUUACACCCAAAUGGGGUGACCUACACAAAAUGGACUGAAGGUAUGUCUUACGAGGACGACUCCAAGCCCUGGUACAGAGAUGAUAACGAGGUUCCGCCCAAUGGCAACUUCACAUACAUCUGGAAGGUCCCCCGAAAGCCUGCGCACCAGCCAGAUGAACCUAAGUGUCAGACUUGGACUUAUUAUUCUGGUGUUAACCCCGAAAAGGACAUCCACUCUGGCUUGAUCGGUCCUUUACUGGUGUGUCCCGAGGGCACUUUAGAUACCGUGAAUAACAAAAGUGAGUUCUCGCUACUCUUCAUGACUUUUGACGAGUCCAGGAGUUGGUACUAUGAGGAAAACAUCAAGACCAUACAGAAGAAAAGAAGGAGGGGAACUCCGGAGCCUAUCCUCAAAGAGCACCUCCUGUUCCAUUCCAUCAAUGGAAUCAUGAAUAACCUCAAGGGUCUACGGAUGUACACUAACCAGUCCGUCCACUGGCACUUGAUCAACAUGGGCUCUCCCAAAGACUUCCAGAGCAUCCAUUUCCAUGGGCAGACAUUCCUCCACACGACCACGACCACCAACAGACAUUCAGUCUAUCCACUCCUUCCUGGAAGUUUCGCUACCCUGGAGAUGUAUCCAUCCAAGCCUGGACUAUGGCUACUGGAAUCAGAAAUUGGUUUCAACCAGCAGCGUGGCAUGCUGGCACUCUUCUUAGUCCUGGAUAAAGACUGCUCCCACCCCCUGGGCUUGGAAUCGGGCAGCGUGAAAGAUGAGCAAAUCACAGCCGACAAGACUCGAGGAUACUGGGAGCCACAUCUCGCCAGGCUGAACAAUAAAGGCAAAUACAACGCGUGGAGCACGGAUCAGAGCAACAGCUUUAUUCAGGUGGACUUCCAGCGUCCUGUGGUGAUCAGCCAGGUGGCCACACAAGGAGCCAAGCAGCUUUUCCAAUCCCAAUUUGUCACCAAUUACUCCAUAUCGUACAGCAAUGACCGCAGGAGAUGGAUUCUCUACAAGGGAGACAGCAGAUACCCAAUAAAGAUUUUUCCUGGGAACCAGGAAGCCUACGUGACAGAAACAAACACCUUCUUCCCACCGAUGAUUGCACGGUUCAUUCGGCUCCACCCUGUGCACUGGUACAACAUGGCCACCGUACGCAUGGAGUAUUACGGCUGUGAGCUCGACGGCUGCUCAUUACCUCUAGGGAUGGAGAACGGAGUGAUCGAGGAUCGCCGCAUCACGGCCAGCUCCGUCAACUCCAACUGGUAUUUAGGAUCCUGGAGUCCCUACUUUGCUCGCCUUAACAAGCAAGGAGCCGUCAACGCGUGGCAAGCAAAGCAUAGAGACAUGAAGCAGUGGCUUCAGGUGGAGCUGCCGCACGUCAUGAAGAUCACAGGUAUCAUCACUCAAGGAGCUAAGUCUCUAGGGAAAGAGAUGUACGUGUCCUCGUACACGCUUAAGUACAGUGAUAAUGGAAUCCACUGGCACCAGUACACUGAGGAUGAGGACGUACCAGCCAAGAUCUUCAUAGGGAACACGGACAACAAUGAGCACGUGAAGAAUUUCAUCUACCCGCCCAUUUUUUCCCGCUUCAUUCGAAUCAUCCCCAAAACCUGGACUGGCUCAAUCACGCUUCGGGUGGAGCUGUUGGGCUGCAACUUUGAGUGA